GAGUGGCAGACAUGCUGGAGGAUCGCCAAAGCUUUCUCGGGAACGUUGCCACAAUCGAGGGAGACGGAGAAGAAAGAGCGAGAGGGAGCAGAGAGGAGAAGGAAAAGCCAUGCCUGCAGUGGAGAGACUUGGCAGGGCUUCCCCUCCUUUGUCUGUCUGGCUCAGGGCUGCAGCGCCAGAGGAAAUCAAGAAAUGUCCAGGCGUGGUGGUGGUGGUGGAUGGGGAAGAGCUCUGCCUCGGCUCCAGAAAGACGAGAGAGAAAAAGUACUUUGAAACGAGUGAAAACUCGACGUCUGAAAGGGCUACUAUGGAAACAACAAACAAAACAAGCGAUUUUCUCUUUUUUGAACGAUAUUACGCAUCCCAGACAUCGGACCCGACCAGGUUUUCGGAGACAAUGUCCGGUAAUUCGACCCGUAAUUUUAUCGCCAACAAAAUCGCGUACGUUGAAUUUUUUCGAAUCGCCAAACGUCUCCAAACUGGACAACGACGGAUGUUUGACUACUUCUAGCCAGAGGAAGGCCAACCCUGCGCCAAGCAAGAGCCAAACAUGACGUGAACGGUAACAGGACGGUUCCACCUUUUCCAGAGGGGACAGAGAUGGUCAUGUUCGGUAUGGGCUGUUUCUGGGGAGCCGAGAGGAAGUUCUGGAGACAAAAAGGGGUUUAUUCCACCCAGGUGGGCUACUCAGGAGGGUACACAUCCAACCCCAGCUACAAUGAAGUCUGCACAGGUCGGACGGGGCACGCCGAGGUGGUGAGAGUUGUCUUCCAUCCAGAGAAGAUCAGCUUUGGCAAACUGCUCAAAGUUUUCUGGGAAAGCCACAAUCCGACUCAAGGGAUGCGACAGGGGAACGACGUCGGGACGACGUACCGCUCUGCCGUCUACACCUACACAGAGCAGCACCUCGACGAAGCUUUGGCCUCCAGAGAUGAAUACCAGAAGGUUCUGACGGAGGACGGUUUUGGUCCGAUUACAACAGAAAUAACCGAGGCGAAGCCGUUCUACUACGCCGAGGACUACCACCAACAGUACCUGAGUAAGAACCCCGACGGAUACUGCGGCCUGAGCGGGACGGGAGUCUCCUGUCCAAUCGGAAUCAAGCCGAAGAUGUAGAUUUCCAAGGAUGGAGUUUUAAAACGCUUACAGAAUCAAAAAGCUUUGAGAUUUAAGUAUAUUAACAGGACAUUUAUGAAUAUUUUAUACAUAAAUGUCAACAAAUGGGAAAGCUGUAGCUCUUUUUCUGCUGUAACACGUCACUUUUGUGAAAGGCUUCACAUUAAAAAUAGUCUCUGAUA